UGUCCCAAUCCCCUCACCAAAUCAUGUGAUUCAGGUGUUCCAAUCCCCUCCCAAUCAUGUGAUCCAGGUGUUCCAAUCCCCUCCCAAUCAUGUGAUUCAGGUGUUCCAAUCCCCUCUCCAAAUCAUGUGAUUCAGGUGUUCCAAUCCCCUCCAAAUCAUGUGAUUCAGGUGUUCCCAAUCCCCUCCAUAUCAUGUGAUUCAGGUGUUCCAAUCCCCUCCAAUCAUGUGAUUCAGGUGUUCCAAUCCCCUCCCAAUCAUGUGAUUCAGGUGUUCCAAUCCCCUCCAUAUCAUGUGAUUCAGGUGUUCCAAUCCCCCUCCAAAUCAUGUGAUUCAGGUGUUCCAAUCCCCUCCCAAAUCAUAGUGAUUCAGGUUGUUCCAAUCCCCUCCCAAUCAUGUGAUUCAGGUGUUCCAAUCCCCUCCAAAUCAUGUGAUUCAGGUGUUCCAAUCCCCUCCCAAUCA